GGUCCACACAGGGAUCAAGCCUUACGAGUGCCCUAAAUGCGGCAAGUGCUUCACCCAAUCCAAUUCCAUGAAGCUUCACUUCCACACAGUCCAUCUGAAGAUGCCAGCUCCAUACAAGUCGAAACGAAGGCAAAUGGAUGCAGAGGGCAGACCGAAGAAACCCAGGAGAGAGGAACCACCUGAUAAUAUGGAGAAGUUGGCGGAACUAAUUAGACAAGAUCCGGCGCUUCAGGACGUGUAUUACGAGAUCAAAACCCCGGCGGGACGUAAAAUUACGCUCGGCUCGUCGUUCAUCAAGAAAGAACCGGUAGAGCCUGCGGAGAUGGUCCCAGCAACGCUGACAAUACUGCCAGAAAACGCAAUACCGUUACAAAUAAACGAGGGCGAAGUAAUAAACUGCGAGGUCAAAACUGAGAACGAAGAUGAAGAGCUUACGUAUGAAAUUGUGUACGACUAAAGUAUUCGUUCGUUCGUUCGUUCGUUUCAGCCGAAAGACGUCCACUGCUGGACAAAGGUCUCCCCCAAGGAUUUCCACAAA